ACGAUGCUUCGGGUCAAAGAUCCAGAAGCAAGUCUAAAGUUUUAUCAAGAUAUCAUGGGUAUGAAGCUCAUCGAUGAACAUGAUGGGGGAGACUUUAAGCUUUUUUUUCUAGGCUAUGAUCAUCAAAAAGGUGUAGCUCGUAGUCAAAGAGAAGCCUUACUCGAACUCACCUGGAACAAAGGUACCGAGAAAGAUGCUAAUUUCGCAUAUCACAAUGGGAAUGAUGAACCUCAAGGGUUUGGUCAUAUAGCAAUCGCUGUGGAUGACAUCGAAGCAGCUUGUAAACGAUUCACCGAAAUGGGUGUCAAGUUCAAAAAAAGGCCUGAGGAGGGUAAAAUGCGUAACAUGUAUGAAUUUCUUUUUGAAACUCGAUUGGAGAAGAUCUGCUGA